AAAGGUUUUUCUAGGGUUUUGUAUAGAAUAGGGAAACUCCUGUGAAUCCAAAUCAAAAUUUUGUUUCCCAAAUUCUCAAGUUCACCCCCAAAUUUCUCCCCAAUGGCUGCAACUGCCUGGAGCACCUUUCCCUCCAUUUCUUCUCUCUCCUCCUCAUCCAGUUCCACGACCAUCGUUGCAGCUCGUAGCUCCAUUCGCUCCUUUCCAUGCUCUGACUUCUUCAAGCUCAAACCCUACAGGUUGAGAAUUUCUCAGAAGAUAGGUACAGUACCAAAGAAUGUGUUUGGGGUACCAAUAGUGUCUUGUUUGGAUGACAAUUAUUGUGAAGCAUCAUCAGAAUUUGGGUCGUCUCAUGUCACGAAUGAUUCUAAGGCGGAAGCAACUGCUGAUUUAAAAACUGUUGAUUUAAAACUCCCAAGAAGAAGUUUGUUAGUGCAUUUCACUUGCAAUGCAUGUGGUGAAAGAACACAAAAGCUCAUAAAUCGAUUAGCCUACGAACGAGGAACUGUUUUUGUACAGUGUGCAGGGUGUUUCCAGCAUCACAAAUUAAUUGACAAUCUUGGGCUGGUGGUUGAGUAUGACUUUCGGGAAGAUAGUGGGACUGACUCAACUGCAGAUCAAGUUUGACAAGUGAAAUCAAAGUUAAACUAGCAUUGUCUGAUUACAGUUCUAGUUAUAAAUAUUUACUAUGCAAUGGCUUCUUGUUUUUUAACUUUUCCCCUCCUUCCCUCUGAAGGAGAUUAGGCAAGAGUUUGUAAAAGGAUAAUCAAUAUGAUAAUCAAUAUUUUUUAAUAAAAAUGUAAAAGGAUAAUCAAUAUUUUUUGUUGACAAUAUUCCCUCUGUAAUAGCUAUGGCCAUCGCUCAUCAAAUAAGAUUCUCAAAAUUCUAGCCCUUGACGGCAAGCAGAACUGCAACGGCCACUGCAAUCCUCAACCAUGUUCUAGAUAGCUGUCCUUUCUGCUGAAGUGCAAUUCCUCCACUCUGUAAUGAGAAGUCAGAAAAGGAGCUGGUGCAGGUGAGGGUACUAGUACUGGUGCUGGGGUUGGUGAUACAAUAGCUGGUGCUUGUGCCGGGGUUGGUGACGCAAUAGCUGGUGCUGGUGCUGGUGCCAGUGCCGGCACUGGUGCUGGCGGUGCUUGGGCGGGUGCUGGGGAUACCUGUGGUGAUGGCAAAGCCGGUGGCUGUGAAGGGCUAGAGAUUGGAGGAGAUUGCGGCGGUUGUGGUGGUGGGAUUUGAGGGGUUAGAAUGGCAGGGCUUGAAGAUGGUGGAACUUUAGGAGAUGGUGUUGCUGUUAUGGGCAAAAUAGAAGGUGAGGCUGCUGGCGCUUGAGCAUGGACAUGGCUUAGUGGAAGGCAGAGGCAAGCCAGAAAGCAAGCCCACCAGAGUGAACCCAUAUUGGUGGAUAUGGAAAUUGGUUGGAAGAUAUGUUGUGGUUUAUAUACUCCGUAGGGUAGAGUAGAAGGAAUUCUAGAAGUAAAAAAUAUUAGGUGAACUGAUGGAAGGAGAGACAUAGUCCUCAUGUGAUUGCUACUCUUCUUCUAAUCAUUCAAUAAGGAAAAUGUGUUUCAAAAUGAACUUUUUUUUUUAGGGUCCAUGGAAGGUUGUAGCCUGGGGGAGGGGGUAUCUUGAUUGUGCCAAGAUUUGAACUAUUGACUUUCUAGUGAUAUACAAGGGUUCUGACCAACUGGGCUAAUUGUGAUUGGUUCAAAA